GGCAAACACCCCAAAAGUGAACUUUGGAGCCAGCACUGUCACUUCAGCUCCUGGAAUCACGGGGGGCUUUUCUUUUAGUGCCCCUGUUGCAACCAGCACACCCUCGAGUCAGGCAGCAGCCCCGUCCGGCUUUUCCUUUGGCUCUGCUGGCACCAGCAGCACCAGCACGGCUCCGUCUGGGACGACAGGAGGCUUCACCUUCUCCAGUGGCACCACGACUCAGGCGGGAACAGCCGGCUUCAGCAUCGGCACCGCGGCUCCGCAGGCAACGUCCGCGGGGCUGACCUUUGGCACGGCCCCUGCGGCUGCUGCCACCACCAGCACGGCCACCCUGGGAGCGGCCACCCCGUCAGCAGCGCCCUUCAGCCUCGGGGGGCAGCCCACAGGUCUAACCUUUGGGGCACUGCCUUCAACAGCAGCCACCAGCACAACCACAGCAACGCUGACCACAAGUACCAGCCAGGUACCCACCCUGUCCUUUGGAACCAAGCUUGGAGUCACAUCCACAGCUGCCACCACGGCCUCCACCCCCAGCACCACCACCUCAGUGCUGGGCUCCACGGGGACCUCGUUGUUUGCAUCGGUGGCCAGUUCUUCAGCCCCAGCCUCCUCCUCCUCCUCCACCACGGGCCUCUCACUUGGUGCCACUUCCACGGGGACAGCCAGCCUGGGGACACUGGGCUUUGGGUUGAAAGUUCCUGGAACAACAGCUGCCACAACAAGCACUGCCACUGGGACUACUUCUGCUUCUGGCUUUCCUUUGAAUCUGAAGCCAUUGACUA